GAUGAAAAUAUUGAUGCACCACUUCACUGAACUCGAUAAAAAGUACGAGUUGCUGAAGACCCGAUUUUGGCUGACACAGCGCAAUUUUAAGGCAUUGACGGAUAAGUACAUGAGCGUGAAGGAUAAGAAGGAUAAGCUCAAGAAGAAACAAAUGUUCUAUCAGAUGCACAGAGAAACUCCACGAUCUGCAUACCGCGGGGUGGAAACGCCAUCCAGUAUCUCUGUGCCGACCUCGGAAUCAGGGUACUCUAUGGAAUCGUUGGGUUCUACAAAUAAAAUGUGCGCUUUUAUAUUCGAGUCGACCGAUGUUAUGAAUAUAUUAACGCCCAUGGGAACGAUCGAUUAGGAAAGCGUACAGAACUGCUGAUGGUUUUCGCAUAUUCUUCAAUCGUAAACCUCCGCGACCUAUGGAUUCCCAAAAUAUGUAAUCUUAAAUUGUAGUUUUCUAACAAAGAGAUACAUUUUUUCUUCGUUUAUUACUUUUUCAUAAUGUUAUCAUGUUUCAUUAUAUUAUCUCGAGUUCGCAGUGUUAUUUUAUUUAAUUUACGUACAAGCGAGAAUGCGAACUUUCGUUGUAAAAUUAAAGAAAUACGAUCUCAAAUAUGUGAAAGAAAAUGUGAAUUAUUUUUAUUAUAAAUUUAUGGAGAAGAAAUGUUAGUUACGUAUUUGAGAUAUAUGUUUAAUAUAGAUAUUAUUCCUUAUCAAAAACAUUAAGUUUUUUUCUUAUCAGUUUCGUAUUCGCAAAUCAAGUACGUGUGUAGUUGACGUGAACACAACAUAGAUAUUGAUAUAUUC